UCCUGUCAAAAUUGUUCGGCUGUGUCCGUUAUCAUGGUUUCUUUUUUCAGAAUCCAUCACCCCUCUGAUUCAUAGUAGUUUAUCCGACCGAUUUCAUAAUAGGUCACUAGAGUGCCAGCAUGGCCAGUAAACUAAGCAAAGAUGUCCCGGAUAUUGAGAAUAUCCUUGCCUUGAAUCCAACAGUGAAACGUCAUGCGAAUGUUUUAUCGACGGCACAAACUAAAGUUGCCAAGAAACACUGGAAACGAAAUAAAGACAAGGGAUGUUCUAACUGUGGGCAGCUCACUAAGAAUUUUGAUGACAUAAAGCACACGACUCUGAGUGAACGAGGGGCUCUGAAAGAGGCGAGUCGCUGUCUCAAGUGUGCCGACGCGCCCUGUCAAAAGAGCUGUCCUACUCAACUGGACAUCAAGGCUUUCAUUGGCAGUAUAGCAACAAAGAACUACUAUGGAGCAGCAAAGAUCAUUUUGUCCGACAAUCCUCUGGGUCUGUCAUGUGGAAUGGUGUGCCCGACCUCUGACCUCUGUGUUGGGGGCUGUAACCUAGAUGCAACCGAGGAAGGACCAAUCAAUAUUGGAGGACUUCAGCAGUUUGCAGUGGAGGUUUUCAAGUCCAUGAAGAUCCCUCAGAUACACGAGCCCGGUCGGUUAUCAUCGGAGAAGGCUGCUGAGACAUACAUGGCAAAAGUGGCUCUGAUAGGCUGCGGUCCAGCCAGUAUUAGCUGUGCUACUUUCCUAGCAAGGCUGGGCUAUUCUGAUGUGACCAUCUUUGAAAAGAAAGAUUACGUUGGUGGAUUGAGUUCAUCUGAAAUUCCUCAGUUCCGGUUACCAUACAGUGUGGUUGACUUCGAAGUGCAGCUGAUGAAAGAUCUUGGUGUCAAAAUUGUUACAAGCAAGCCUCUCGGCAAAGAUGGUCUGACGUUGCAGUCUCUGAAGAGUGAUGGAUAUAAAGUUGUGUUCAUUGGUAUAGGUAUGCCAGAUCCAAAGAAGAUUCCCAUCUUUGAAAAUUUAACAGAGAAUGUAGGAUUUUUAACCUCUAAGGGAUUUCUGCCAAAAGUUUCCCAGGCUAGUAAAGCAGGUCUGUGUGCCUGUAAAUCGAAACUACCUCAGUUGCACGGCAAUGUCAUUGUGUUGGGUGCCGGCGACACUGCGUUCGACUGUGCCACGUCUGCAUUGCGGUGUGGUGCUAAACGCGUGUUUGUCGUCUUUAGAAAGGGCUUCACCAAUAUACGGGCUGUCCCAGAAGAGAUGGAGCUGGCGAAGGUUGAGAUGUGUGAGUUUAUUCCGUUCAUGUCGCCGCAGAAGGUGUUCAUGAAGGACGGACGUGUCGGAGGGAUGGAGUUUGUGCGGACUGAGCAGACUGAUGCAGGAGAGUGGGUCGAGGACGAGGAACAGAUGAUCCGACUGAAAGCCGACUUCAUCAUCUCCGCAUUCGGGUCCGGUCUCAAGGAUCAAAGUGUGGUCGAGGCACUUGCUCCAAUAAAGCUGAACCGCUGGGGUCUGCCCGAAGUGAAUAUGGACACAAUGCAGACCAGUGAACCGUGGGUGUUCUGUGGCGGUGAUAUAGCUGGGGUGGCACAAACGACUGUCGAGUCGACCAAUGAUGGGAAAAUUGCAUCUUGGUUCAUGCACAGGUACCUACAGAGUCUUGCUAAUGUGUCAGUCUCGGAGACGCCUAUCCUGCCUCUCUUCUACACUCCAAUAGAUGAAGUCGACAUCAGCCUCGAAAUGUGUGGUCUCAAGUUUGAAAACCCAUUUGGCCUUGCCAGCGCCCCACCCACUACCAGCGCACCAAUGAUCAGACGAGCAUUCGAACUGGGCUGGGCCUUUGCACUCACAAAAACGUUUUCAUUGGACAAGGAUAUUGUAACAAAUGUUUCCCCUCGUAUUGUCCGUGGCACGACAUCUGGUCACAUGUAUGGUCCAGGUCAAGGGUCGUUUCUAAACAUUGAGCUUAUCAGUGAGAAGACGGCAGCAUACUGGUGCACGAUUGUCUCCGAACUCAAGAAGGACUUCCCAGAAAAAAUUGUGAUAGCCAGUAUUAUGUGUGCACACGAUGAGAAGGACUGGACAGAGCUGGCUAAGAUGGCUGAGAAAUCUGGAGCGGAUGCCCUAGAGUUGAAUCUGUCGUGUCCACAUGGGAUGGGGGAGAGAGGAAUGGGGCUCGCGUGUGGACAGAAUGACAAACUUGUCAAAAAUAUAUGUCUGUGGGUGCGAGCUGCAGUGAAGAUUCCAUUCUUUGCCAAAUUGACGCCAAAUGUCACCGAUAUUACCUUAAUUGCAAAAGCUGCUUACGAAGGCAAAGCUGACGGUGUGACUGCCACUAACACGGUCUCCGGUUUGAUGGGCCUGCGAACCGAUGGCAGCCCAUGGCCCUGUAUCGGCGAGGAGCGCAAGACUACGUAUGGUGGAGUCUCGGGCAACGCCAUCCGUCCCAUCGCCCUUCGUGCCGUGUCAGCCAUUGCCAGAGAGCUGCCUGGUUUUCCCAUCCUUGCCACAGGAGGCAUCGAUUCUGCAGAUACAGGCUUACAGUUCCUGCAGGCCGGUGCUUCUGUGCUUCAGGUGUGCAGUGCUGUUCAGAACCAGGACUUCACGGUGAUCGAGGACUACAUCACCGGGCUGAAGACGUUGCUGUAUCUGGCCAGUCUGAACAGCCUGCCUGGCUGGGAUGGACAGAGUCCACCUGUCCCAAAACACCAGAAGGGCAAACCGGUACCGAAAGUGGCUGACUUGGUUGGGCAGCAUUUACCAUCAUUUGGACCGUAUCAGAAGAAGAGGGAAGACAUCAUCAGCAAGGAGAAGGUGAAGAUAGACCUGCUGGAUGAUGUGUUCAAACCGGAGCCAGUAAGACCAGCCAAUGUGCCAGAGAAACAGGUGCCAAAAAUUAAGGAUUUGAUUGGUGUUGCUCUGCCGAAGAUUUGUUCCUACACUGAAUUGGAUAAUACUCAGCAUGUGGUUGCUGUUAUUGACGAGGACUUGUGUAUAAACUGUGGCAAGUGUUACAUGACUUGCAAUGACUCAGGUUACCAAGCAAUUUCCUUUGAUCCUGAAACUCAUCUUGCACGAGUCACUGACGACUGUACAGGCUGUACUCUCUGCCUGUCAGUAUGUCCGAUUGUUGAUUGUAUCACCAUGGUGAAGCGCCCCACACCCUAUGUUCCAAAACGGGUAAUUCCCCUCAAUACAGAGUGGAGUCUUCCUGCUUUUGUGAUGCAUACAAACUGAUUGGCCUUGGCACAUCUACAUCUACAGUCUACGCAGUUUUCUGUUGCAUAAUACUGGAAAUCAGAAAAUAUUAGCGAUUUUAAAUUUUAGCCAAAUCCAAAUAAAUGACAUAUUAGUGACUUAAUACUAUAGUGAGAUCAUCAUAUCAGAAACUGAAAAAAGAAUGAGCUUAAGCUGUAGGAUCGGCUAAAAUAUUUUUUUAUUAAUUUUUACUUUAAUUUAAUAGAAAAUUGCAGUAAUAUGCUUGCUAACUAUUGUCUCUUGUUAUCUUUUUGGUUUAAUCAGUAACAUGUAACUAUUGUUGUGUGUUCAGUUAAUCACUGACAAAACAAUUGCACAAAUGUCUUUCAGAGUAGUCCGUUGUGCCUGUUUAAAUUUAGCAUUAUAAAAUAUUAGGCUUUGUAUAGCCUUAAUAAAUUCGCAUAACAUUUUGUGCUUGCUAACAUUUCCUGAUUUACAAUAUUGUAGAAAUUACCAAGAUUGAAUUUUGUUGGACAUGGUACUAGUUAUAUGGAUACAAAUUUCUGACAUGAUUAUAACUCAUUGUUAAUUCAUGUAGCCAGACAGUUGUUAUCCAAGUGAACAAACCCAAACAUGCCAUUUUAUGCACUGAAUUAAUUUGGUAAAAAUUAAUACAAAGAUAUGAUAUAGUUUACUACUAUUAUAAGUUGAAGUAACCAGUAUAUAUUUUUUAACAUAUAUUUUGUGAAAAACAGUAUUCCAUCAGUUGAAUGAAGUCUUGUUGUGCUGUUUGAGAUAAUCUCAUGAUUAUUUAUUGUGUUGAGAUCAAUGUUACAUGUUAUUAAAGUAGCAACAUUACUUUACUGAGGUGUGAUUGGAAAUUGUUCAUAGCUGCAGAUUGUUUUACUUUUAUUUUACACAUUUAUUUUCUGGCUGCUUGGUGACUUUUGCUGUGAAGUGCCUGGUGUUAUUGACAUAUUGAAACAUGUAUGCAGGGCUUUACAUUAACACUCGUCCAGGACAAUUUCAUUUUUGUCACAACUUGUCCGAGCAAACAAGUGCACUGAAAAUCACACUGUAUUGACUAUAUGAUCACUUACUAGUAUUUAAAGGGACUGUCGAUCCUGAGUUUGAAGCAGUUGGUUUAAAUAAUAUUUAUUUUUCAAAACAAAAUGGGAUUGGUCAACAGGCUUAGCCUAUAUAUUAAGACUUCUCCCUACAUUUUACAAAUUUGCAGCAAUUAUUACGAUUUUGCAACUUCAGAGACUUUUUAACGACUUUAAUUACAUUUUAAGUAUAUUUUUCUGCAUAAAAUAUCAGUGGCUGUAUAUUAAAUGUGUUUCUGAUCAUCCAAGUGUUUGUA